UUUAAAAAUUUAGACAUGGCCCACAUUAAAUACGGAAUUUCCAAUGGAUUUCUCAACUAUAUUUAUAUUUAUCUUUAUAUAUAUAUUUCGGGAGUCGUUGAUCCGAUUUCAGACACUAUUACGCGUUACCCGCUUUCUCUAGAAAAUAUAAGGGAGUGUCAUUUUAUGGAUAUAACGGUACCUGGAAGGAAUGCUCCUGAGGAAGUGACUCGUGAGUCGCUUAUCUCCAUUUCUUACGAGGAACCAGAAACAAUUCUCUCUUCAAAGCAACCAUCUGAAAAGCUUAGUAGCGAAAACAUCAAUCUGGCCAACGGAAUAAACCACAAUCAGGUGGAAGGGAAAGAAUAUGAUGGAGAUGAGAAAUUCAGAUCUGAGCUUAUUGCAAUUUCCUUCCUUGAGUCGCUACCUGAAACUGGAAGUGUACCUGUGGCCUAACUCAAGGGUUAGUAGUGCCUGGAUGUCAGUUAUAAUAGUAUACCUUCUUAUGUAAAAUCAAUACGAAACUAAGUUCAUGGACGCAUUGUUUGGACUGUAGAGCAAAGCUAUCCAUGUUCUUUUGUUUUUGUAACAUAAACUCUUUGCACGGGUUGUUUGUCUGUACUAAUCUUGUGGAAACUCAUUGCUGUACGAGCCCAAUGAAUGAACUUGCGAACCCCUUGGCAUA